AUGAAUCCCAUGGCCCAGCUGUACUACAAGAAGGCGAGCUACUCACCGUACCGCGACCGCAUCCCGCUGCAGAUCGUGCGGGCGGAAGCGGAGCUGUCAGCGGAGGAGCGGGCGUACCUGACGGCGGUGGAGAAGGGCGACUAUGCCGGGGUGAAGCUGGCCCUGCAGGAGGCAGAGAUUUACUACAACAUCAACGUGAACUGCCUGGACCCGCUGGGGCGCAGCGCUCUGCUCAUCGCCAUCGAGAACGAAAACCUGGAGGUGAUGGAGCUGCUGCUCAACCACGGCGUGCACGUGGGCGACGCGCUGCUCUACGCCAUCCGCAAGGAGGUGGUGGGCGCCGUGGAGCUGCUGCUGUCCCACCGCAGGCCCGGUGGAGAGAAACAGGUGCCCAACCUGAUGAUGGAUACCCAGUUCUCAGAGUUUACCCCUGACAUCACACCCAUCAUGCUGGCAGCUCACACCAACAACUACGAGAUCAUCAAGCUGCUGGUCCAGCGCAAAGUCACCAUCCCCCGGCCACACCAGAUCCGCUGUGACUGUGUGGCGUGCGUGUCCAGCUCCGAGGUGGACAGCCUGCGCCACUCCCGCUCUCGCCUCAAUGUCUACAAGACUCUAGCCAGCCCGUCCCUCAUUGCCCUGUCCAGCGAAGACCCCAUCCUGACCGCCUUCCGCCUGGGCUGGGAGCUGAAAGAACUGAGCAAGGUGGAGAAUGAGUUCCGUCAGGAAUACGAGGAGCUGUCCCAACAGUGUAAGCUGUUUGCCAAGGACCUGCUGGACCAGGCCCGGAGCUCCAGAGAGCUGGAGACCAUCCUCAACCACCGUGACUAUCUCAGUGAGGAGCUGGACCCAAAGGACUGCCGCGACCUGGCCAAGCUCAAACUGGCCAUCAAGUACCACCAGAAAGAGUUUGUGUCCCAGCCAAACUGCCAGCAGCUCCUGGCCACCCUGUGGUACGACGGUUUCCCGGGGUGGCGCAGACGCCACUGGGCGGUCAAGCUGGUCACCUGCUUUACCAUCGGCCUGCUCUUCCCCAUCUUCUCCCUGGUCUACCUGCUGGCCCCCAGGAGUGCCCUGGGCCUCUUCAUCAAGAAGCCCUUCAUCAAGUUCAUCUGCCACACAGCCUCCUACCUGACUUUCCUUUUCCUCCUCCUCCUGGCCUCCCAGCGCAUUGUGAGAACAGACCUGCACGUCCAGGGCCCACCGCCCACCGUGGUGGAGUGGAUGAUCCUUCCCUGGGUGCUGGGCUUUAUCUGGGCUGAGAUAAAGGAGAUGUGGGACGGCGGUUUCACUGAGUACGUCCAUGACUGGUGGAACCUGAUGGACUUUGCUAUGAACUCUCUCUACUUGGCCACUAUCUCACUGAAACUAGUUGCUUACUUCAAGUACAACAGCUCUCGGCCGCGGGAGGAAUGGGAGAUGUGGCACCCAACGCUGAUAGCCGAGGCCCUGUUUGCUAUCGCCAACAUCUUCAGCUCCCUGCGCCUCAUCUCCCUGUUCACAGCCAACUCCCACCUGGGACCUCUGCAGAUCUCCCUGGGACGCAUGCUGCUGGACAUCCUCAAGUUCCUCUUCAUCUACUGCCUGGUGCUGCUAGCCUUCGCCAACGGGCUCAACCAGCUGUACUUCUACUACGAGACCAAGGCCUCGGACGAGCCCAACAACUGCAAGGGCAUCCGCUGUGAGAAGCAGAACAACGCCUUCUCUACGUGA